GGCCGGGGGGCGGCCAUGCCGCUGCUGGCGGGCGGGAGGCGGGUCCGGAUGCCGGCCCGGGGCUGCGGCCUCGGCCCCGGCCCCGACCUCGUCGGGCAACAUCCCGUCUUACAGGAAAGAGCCGUCAGCCUCACGAGUCAGCCCAUCCAGCGUGUGGGACCCCGGGGCCUCCUCUACGUUCAACAGAGAGAGCUCGCGGUGACCUCCCCAAACGACGGCUCCGUCUCCAUCCUGGGUUCCGACGAUGCCACCACCUGUCACAUCGUGGUCCUGAGAGACACAGGGAACGGGGCCACCUGUCUGGCCCACUGUGACGGUUCCGACACCAGAAGUGAUGUCUCGCUCCUGUUGAGAGUCAUAAAAUCCGUACCUCGCCCGGGACAAAGUGGAAGGCUGGAAGUGCAUCUGAUUGGAGGUUUCAGGGAUGACAGGCAGCUGUCCCAAGAACUUACUUCUCAGCUUCUUAAUGAAUUUGAUCAACAGGAAGACGACGUUCACUUAGAGACCUUCUGCGUGACGGAAUUAAAUGACCGCGAGGAAGGCGGAGAUCACUUUCCAAUCAUUUAUGGGAUCGGUGUCAGGGUGAAGAAUGGGGAGAUUUUCAGAGCCUCGUUUCCCGAGAGGGGUCCAGAGGAGGAUCUGCGCUCCGCCCGCUCUUUAUCUGGAGGCCCCAUGAUCAGCAUUUAUGAUGUUGAGACAGAGCAACUCCGUAUCGGACCUUAUUUCUGGAAGCCUUUUCUCAAUGUGGAUUUUUGGCUGCAACAGGAUGACAGACAACUAUUAGAGGAUUUUUCUACUUCUCCCCGUGCUGAGCCGCCCCACUUCGUGGCCCAGAUUAGGUCAACCAUGACCUUCUUGAAAAAAUACCCUUUUCCCUCGUCGCUGUUCCCCGGAAACAAAGCCCUCCUCUAUCAAAAAAACAAAGACGGCUUAUGGGAGGAGGUGCCUGCCGCUGUGGACGACGACCCAAAGAAAGCCCGGGCUUAGCGUGGCUCGCCCUGGCGAAGGAAACCAGCUCCGCGUUUGGCAGGGAUCUGCUCUUGGCGGAUCGUAAGGGCCACGGGCCUCUGGCUUUCAAAUGCUUUUCGAAAUAAAAGAGGUUGGCACAGGUA